AUGAAGCUGUUCCUCCUACUUGUCAGUCUGGCCGUGGCCAACGCGGGGGUUCCCUACGAGCCAAUAGAGUUGGACUACCACAACAAAGUGGGUAUUCCAUUGGCUGAACGGAUCAAGCAAGCCGAGAUGGCUCAGGACUUCGAUGGCGGCAGGAUCAUAGGAGGAUCACAGUCUAACGUGGGAAAUCACCCACACUUGGGUGGUCUAAUUGUAUCACUCACAGAUGGUCGCAGGUCCAGUUGCGGAUCAUCUCUCAUUACCAACACCCGCGUGGUCACCGCCGCUCACUGCUGGAGGACCCGAGCUAUGCAGGGCAGAUCCGUAAUAGUUGUUUUUGGAUCAGUAACUCUGCUCUCUGGAGGAACUCGUGUCACUUCAACUAAUGUUCAAAUGCAUUCUAACUACAAUAUGGACAAUUUUCACAAUGAUAUUGCCAUCAUUGUUAUUCCAUGGGUUAAUUACAACAGUGGCCCGGAGUUUGGAAGUUGGCGUUGUUACAACCUCCGUGCCUCGGAGAGCACG